GAAAUGUGCAUUCCUCGACUUUAUAGCCUCUAGUAAUAAACCACUCAGUGUAUAAAUAAACUGCUGUGUUUACAGUCGGAAAACAAGUUAAACAACUCGACCGUGUCGGGUGAAAGAAUGUAAGGGUUCAUACAAGCCAAAGUAUAAAUGUCUGUGAAAAGUAUUCGAUCAUCGCCUUAUGCAAGAACGAUCAGCAGAUAUUGCCUCUAUUUUCUUGCUGCCGAUUUCGUGUUGAUAUGCCUUGUUGUGUAUUUUUGGUACAGUCUUUGCAACGGCAGCUUUUGUACUACGACGCCACGUAAACCGAGGACAAACAUUCUCGCAUUUGGUGACUCCAUAACUAAAGGUUUAGUAAAACGUGGCCCAAAAGAUGUGUAUUACCCCUACUCCCAAAGUUUGAUGAAGACUUUGAACAGGCUUCACUCAAAAGAUGUUUUCUUCAUCGUCGAUAAUCAAGGAUUGAAUGGUGACAAAGCCAUAGGAAGAGCCCAAGCAAGGCUAAAAGCUGCUUUAAAAACAAAGCAAUAUGAAUGGGUGGUCAUAUUGAUGGGCACCAAUGACUUAUCAGCAUAUUUUAACUAUCAUGAUUUUCAGAAGUUAUAUGCCAAUAGCUCAUUGUUCAUCGACAAUUUGUUUGGGAACAUUAAGAAAUUGUGUGAGAUAGCCCUUCGGACACAUGCAAUGGUGAUACUUGGCACCAUAAUAACACGGCAAUGUGAGGUUAAGAUGCCUAUUUGUGAGUCUCUUUCGGUUAACCGAGAAUCCCUGAAUUCAAAAAUUCGGAACUUAGUUGCCAAUACUAGAGAGCUGCUGAUCUUAGCAGAUUUUGAUAAGGAACUGGACUAUCAAAAAAUGACCAAAGAAAAGCGAAAGCAGUAUUGGCAAGAUGAUGUUCACCUGACGGAAUCUGGUUAUGAAGUGAUGGCGAAGUUGGUGUAUAAGAAGAUGUUGCCAUAUUUGCCAGAAAUGAUUCAACAGCCACAUGUAUGGAAAAAUGUGACAAAACUCUGAUCCAUGCAUGAAUUUAAUCAAGACUUUAGUAGUGAUGUAUAAUAAUGGCUUGUAACAAUAUUCAUUUGUUUAUAUACUUAAAAUAUUUAAAGAACUCACAAAAACGUUUUAACCAACAUGCUGUAAUUAAGGAACUUUAAAGUUGCAUUUUUUCACCAGUGAAUUAGGUUAUUCGUGGAUAAAUAAAUUAU